GGGUGGAGAUGAGACUCCUGAGGGAGUGUUGAGGUGUCUAAGCAGCACUUUGAUUCAGAGCCUUUUGAAGGUGCUGAAGUUGAAGUUAGCGGCAGUCGAAACACACUCCUACAACUCUGUAUGUGUGUUUUUUACUGUAUCUUUUCUUUUUCUUUUUUCUUGGACUUUACACCAAACCACUAUGGGAGGAUGCCGGUUGUUGCCGUCCUGUCAAAGGAUUUUUAAAGUUCCUGAAGUGUGAGGGGACAUAAGAGGUAGAUAUUCCUGGAAGAGUAACCUAACUGGACCUGAAGUCUGAGGAUCUUCAUGGAGGCACUAAAGAUGGCAGCUUUUGAAACAACUCUCCUUACUUUAGCAGCAGUUCUCCUGCACAUGGCAAGAUGUCACGGAAGUAUGGGAAAAGGAAAAGACAGCUCGCCGCUGAGGUUCACACACCAUCUCUACAACACCACAAUCAACGAGAACUCUGGCCCGCGGACGUACAUUGAGACGCCAGUGAAGAUGGGCAUUGAAGUGACAGAUCUGUUCUGGGAAAUCAAAUAUAAUGUUGUCUCAGGUGAUGACGAUGGCCUUUUCCAAGCAGAGGCAGUUAAAGUUGGAGAUUUCUGCUUCCUCAGGAUCAAAACACGCAGCAGUAACUCAGCAGUCCUCAACAGGGAGGUCAGAGACACUUACACUCUCACUGUGGAGGCAACCGAAAACACUUUUGACUUUCAUGCGAAGACGAAGGUUUUUGUCCAGGUGCUUGACACCAACGACCUAAAACCUCUUUUCUAUCCUGCCUCAUACAACGUGGCCAUCAUGGAGGACACUCCACUUAAGUCAAGUGUGGUCAGAGUUACCGCUACAGAUGCCGACAUUGGGAGCAACGCUGAGUUUUAUUACUCUUUCACCAGCAGAGCUCAUCCUUUUGUCGUCGACCCUUUCACAGGCACAGUCAGCCUCGUCAAGAAGCUCAAUCACACGCUCACAGACAGAUACGACCUUACUGUUUUAGCUGAGGACAGGAAAAAGAAGAUGUCUGGUGUUCAGAAAUUUGGUAAUGUUGCCAGGGUUACAGUAAACAUACAAAAGAUGUCCAUGGGGUCUCCAGUUAUCACACCUCCCCCCAAACCCACAAUCUCUACAGACGGCAAAAUAACUAUCAAUGUCCAAGUGGAGGCAGGGGUUAAGCCUGUGGAAACCCUUAAUAUUGUUGGAGGGGAUCCCCACAAGUGUUUUGAGAUAACCCCCUUAGGUGUGCAGGGCAGUGACUUCCAAGUGAUCUCUACAAAGAGGAUUAUCUGGUCUCAAACUCCUUUUGGGCUGAAUCUGUCCCUUCAAGCUAAAGACAGGAGCUUCCCGAGUUUACUCUCUCCAAUUAUACAAAUCCACAUUCCGGCCUAUCAUUACAGCCCGUUGGCAUUUUUUGAAGACACCUACAUUGUCACACUGAGUGAGUUUUCACCCCCUAAAACUCAUGUAGUUAAGGUUUCUGUUACCUCAGUACCUUAUAAUGUUACCUUUGGUAUCAAAAAUAAUCCAGACAGCACUAAAUUCAAGAUAAAUCCCAAAACAGGAAUUAUUAUAACAACAGAGAAAUUUGACUAUGAGAGAAAGAAUCGAUAUGAGUUUGAUGUAGUGGCCAAUCAUGGUGAAGCUGAGACUCACAUAGUGGUUGAGGUAACAGAUGAAAAUGACAACAGCCCACAGUUCACCCAAACAUCCUAUCAGGCCACAUUGGAUGAAAACACCCCUGUUGGCAGCAGUGUUUUGAAAAUAGCAGCCACAGACAAAGAUAAAGGCAAAAAUGGAUUUGUGACUUACGCUAUUGCCAACUCAGGCCCCUUACCUUUCACCAUAGACUCAUUCACAGGUGUCAUCUCAACCUCCGAACACUUAGACUAUGAGCUGAUGAAACGGCGGUACCACUUGAGAGUUUGGGCCUCAGACAGCGGCAGCCCCUUUAGUCAGGUCAGCGAAUGCCCCGUGACGAUAACCCUGAACAACAUCAACGAUAAUAUCCCUCUGUUUGAGAGGGUGGGCUGCAACACCACUGUACCUGUAGAUUUACCCGUGGGGCACACAAUCGCUGAGCUGUCAGCCAUUGAUUUAGAUGAGCUGCAGCAGCUGAGGUAUGUCAUCGAGUCAGGAAAUGAGCUCCAAGUAUUUGAUAUUGAUUCUGUAUCAGGAGCCAUCACCCUUAAGCAACCGAUUCCCCUACGAGCGGGUUCGUUCACUUUGAGAGCUGUUGCCACAGAUGGCAAAUAUCACUCUGAAGCUUCAGUUGUCAGGAUAACUGUCACUAACAAAGGUGAUGAUGCAACGGUCCACUGCCAGGAAACAGGCAUUUUCAAACAGCUGACCGAUAAACUGAUAGAGUCGAUCAAACCCAUUUUAACCAAUCAAGAGGAAGACACAUUCUCUGAUAUUCACAUCACCAACCGGCAUUCUCCCAAGUUUGACUUGAGCAUCCCGAGUUCAAUUGACCUCAUUGAGGACCAUCCACUCAAUUCCACCAUUGUUCAGUUCAAGGCAACAGACACUGACACUGGAUUUAAUAGUAAGCUGGUGUACGCCAUAUCAAGUGGGAAUGAAGAUGGCUGUUUCUCCAUUGACACUUUCUCCGGUGACCUUCAGUUAGUUUGCCCAUUAGACAGAGAGAGUAAAGAGUUCUACAUUUUGAACAUCACUGUUUAUGAUUUGGGAACACCGCAAACAUCUGCAUGGAAGUUUGUUGCAGUGAAUGUCAUGGACGUCAACGACAAUCCUCCUAUUUUUGAUCAGCCCAGAUAUGUGAUACGUGUGCCUGAAAACACAGAGGCGGACUCCAUUAUUUUUACAGCUCGUGCAAUAGAUCUUGACGUAGAUACGAGCGGUGAUAUCCAAUACUCCCUGCUGACAUCUACUGACAUGUUCAGAAUUGAUGAACAGACUGGUGAGGUGACUGUGACGGGUCGUUUGGAUCGAGAAACUGCACCCAGGCAUGACCUCUGGAUCGAAGCCAGAGACCAAGCCAAACUUGGCCCUCAGUUGUUCUCGACGAUUGACCUUGUGGUGGUUUUGCAAGACAUAAAUGACAACCCACCCAAGUUUGUACCAAAAGUUUACAAAAUAAAAGUUCCAGAGGAUGUACCUGUGGGCACCGUCCUCGUCUGGGUUGAGAGCGUUGACUUGGAUCUGGGUAGUGGAGGCCUCGUCACCUACAACCUUAAGAAUACAGAGGGCGGGAUCUUUCAUCUCGACUCCUCCACGGGUGCCUUGACCCUCGAGAGGGAGCUAGACUUUGAGAGGCGGCCAGUUUACAACCUCACGGUCCGUGCUGUCGAUCACGGCCUCCCUCGCUCCCUCUCCUCGUCUUGCUUUGUGGAGAUUCAGGUUCUGGAUGUCAACGAGAACCUCCACAGGCCUGUGUUCUCAAAGUUUGUGUAUGAAGCCGGAGUGAUGGAGGAUGCAGCAGUAGGGACAUCAGUGGUCACACUUACAGCUUCAGACAAGGAUCUGGGCAGAGAUGGAGUUGUCAGAUACCACAUCCAUGAAGGCUCUGGUCUUGGAGUGUUCACCAUUGAUGAGGAAACAGGUGUGAUUCGUACAACAGAGACGUUGGACCGUGAGAUGAUGCCUCACUACUGGCUUUCUGUCUAUGUCACUGAUCUGGGGACUGAGCCUCUGAUCUCAUGGAUUCACGUCUUCCUGGAGGUCCUGGACAUUAACGAUAAUGCUCCAGAACUUUCUCAGCCGGUGUAUUUCGCAUCCGUCCAAGAGAACGUGGACAAGGUCAAGUCUGUGGUCCAGGUGUCGGCCACAGAUGUGGAUACUUCCUCUGAGGGGAAGCUUUCCUUCCAGAUGCUGGAAUCUCAUCGCACGUACUUCGAUGUGGACCCCAAAACAGGUGUUAUCAGCACUCUCUCAGCCUUGGAUCGGGAGGAUAAACCAGAACAUAUUAUCGAGGUAAUCGUUUCCGAUAAUGAAUCUUCGUCUUUGCGCUCCACCGCCACCGUCGUGAUCCGAGUUCUAGAUGCCAACGACAACCGACCAAAGUUUACCGACAAACUUUUCCACGUCAAGCUGCCUGAACAGCGUCACCAGGCAGGUAAACAGGAAGUCUGCAGGAUGGUCGCCCAUGAUGAUGAUGAAGGCUCAAACGCCGUGGUGACCUACAAGCUCCAAGACAACAAGGACAAGCGUUUUGAGAUCGACUCAGUGACGGGUGUGGUGACAUCGCAUGGUGAUUUCUGGCCUGGAAACUACAGCAUUCUCACGAUUAAAGCUACAGACCAGGGCAGCCCGUCACGCUCGUCCACAGCGAGACUCGACAUCGAGUGGAUCAUCCACCCACCGCCCUCUGUCGAGCCAAUCACCUUUGACGAGCCCCACUUCACCUUUGCCGUCAUGGAAACGGAACCUGUCACUCACAUGGUGGGCAUCAUCAUGACGGAGACGCAUCGGCUGAGGUGGUUCGAUAUCAUAGGUGGCGAUGAGGAAAAGGACUUUGACAUCCAGAGAAAUACAGGAACCAUUUCGAUCGCCCGCCGGCUCGAUGCGGCUCGACGCUCCAACUACAACAUGACGGUGCGGGUCACCGAUGGCCACCACAACGCCACCACACAGGCCUACAUCCGUGUGCUGGACAUGAAUGAGCAUCGUCCCGUCUUCCUGAAGCCACUGUACAUGGUGAGGGUUCCUGAGGAUACCUCCCCUUGGAAGGACAUCCUGCAGAUCAGCGCACAGGAUGCCGACACCAACAGUAAACUGGUUUACUCCAUCCACAGCAGCCUACAUCCAGACAGCGCCAAGUUCUUCCAUCUGGACCCAAAGAGUGGCGUCCUGGUGAUGACAGAGGAGCUUGACUACGAGAUGAUCUCUGUUCAUACCCUCAUCGUUAUGGUACGUGACCAGGAGAUCCCAGUGAAGAGGAACUUUGUGAAGGUGGUGGUUCAUGUGGAGGACUGUAACGACCACUCGCCGGCUUUCCUCAGCCCCCGCUACGAGGCCAGCAUCUCCAACCUGGCCCCUUCAGGCGCCGAGGUCAUCCGGGUCAAGGCCCUCGACAAGGACAUGGGCAGCAAUGCCGACAUCAGCUACUCUCUGCUCUCAGGGAAUAUCGACAACAUCUUCUCCAUAGAUCCAGAGCUGGGCUCCAUCAGUGUGUCCAAACCUUUGGACCUUCAGCCUCAGGACCAGUUCCACUUGACAGUAAAGGCCACUGACCAGGGCUUCCCUCAGCGCAGUGACCUCUGCUCUGUCCACAUCCACAUCCGCAUCUCUGACCAAACCCCACCUACCUUCCCCUCGGAUGAAUACCUAACAGAGAUUAGUGAAUUGAGCACACUUGGAACACCAGUGGUCACCGUCUCAGCCUCCAGUCCUGCUGCAGUGCAUUAUGGGAUAGAAAGUGGCAACCCAAAUGGAACAUUUCAUAUCAACCCCUACACUGGGUUGAUUUCAAUCCAAAAGCACCUUGAUUUCGAGAACUGUGCCUCCUACAAGCUCAAAGUUACAGCUACCACCACAGCUGGAGCCUCGUCCAAGACUCUCGUUUACAUCUACGUGAUUGACGAGAAUGACAACGCUCCUAUUUUUCAGCAGAGGCAGUACCUGGGGCAAAUAAGUGAGUCAGCUCACAUCAACAGCAUGGUAAUGGGAGAAAGAAACACCCCUCUGGUCAUCCAGGCUUCAGAUACAGACAUAGAUGCCAAUGCUCAGCUGGUGUAUCAGAUCCUCGAACCGGAGGCCCUGAACGUCUUCAAGAUGGAUUCAAGUAUGGGCACAAUCUCUUUAAUUUCACCAGUUGACUUUGAAGCCAAGGCAGAGUAUCACUUCACCGUGCAGGUAAAGGACUCAGGGGAGCCGUCGCUGUAUGCAACAGAGCCUGCCAAGGUCACUGUUCGUGUCCUGGACCUGAAUGACUGCCCGCCACAAUUCACCACCCCAGUGUAUGAGCCAUCCAUCAUCUUUCCAGCUGUCAGAGAUACAGAGGUUGUGCGUGUCAUGGCCCAUGACGCCGACUCGGCAGUCUCAUACAGCAUCACUGAGGGGAAUCAUCACAAUGCCUUUUCAAUUCACCCCAAUACUGGCGUCAUCACCGUGAGCGAUGUGUCUGAAUUUAGACCAUUUUACCAACUUGUUGUCAAAGCCUCUGACGGCCUCUACAAAGACUCGGCUAUCGUCAAGGUAAACGUAACAAACCUAACAGCCAGCGAUCUUGGAUUUGAGCAGAAAGUGUAUUCAGCAAGCGUUACAGAAAACCUAAAGACAGUCAAAACUUUGGCGGCACUCAAAACCACAGGUUGUUAUUUAAAUGAGCCUCUUUUAUAUUCUGUGGUAAACCCAAUGGGAAAGUUUGCAAUUUCCCAGACAUCAGGUGUUCUUGAAACAACAGGUAUCCCUUUUGACCGAGAGGAACAAGAUGUUUAUGACGUAGUGGUGAAAGUACAAGACAUGAGAACACCGCCUAGGACAGCUACAACCCAGGUCAAGGUUUUUAUAGAUGAUGUCAAUGACAACUCUCCACAGUUUCUAAACUUGCCUUUUUCAAUGAUGAUUUCUGAAGCCUCUGAACCAGGAGAUGUUUUGUAUCAAGCAACUGCCAUUGACAGAGAUCUGGGAGAGAAUGGAUCCAUCAUGUACUCACUGGAGGAGGACUAUGACCUCUUCAGGAUAGAUCCUGACGUAGGCGAUGUAUCCCUUCAAAGGCCUCUGGACUUUGAAGCUCUGAAUAAGUACGUGUUGACAGUCUUGGCUAUAGACGAGGGUGAGCCCAGUCACAGCACAAUGGCACAGCUGAGUAUUCAAAUGAGGAAUCAAACCAACCCAGUUUUCCAGACUCUUCUGUAUCCGCUGAAAGUCCCCGAAAAUGUCCCCCCAUUCACCACCAUCUUACACGUCCAGGCCAGGAAUCCAGAGGGCUAUCGGCUCAUCUACAACCUUGAAGAGGAAAAUGCCUCAAAACACUUUCACAUUGAUUUCAAAACUGGUGUGUUGACCAUCACCAACCCCCUCGACUACGAGAGCCAAACCAUGCAUGUGUUGACAGUUCGAGCUACUGACUCUGUGACUGGAGCUUUCUCAGAGGCCUCCAUUGAAAUAGAAGUAGAGGAUGUGAAUGAUAAUGUGCCAGUUUUCUCAAAGCUAACAUACUCUGUUAACAUUGCUGAGGGGCUCCCAAUCGGCACCUCUGUGAUACAACUUUCUGCUUCUGAUAGGGACUCGGGCAGAAAUAAAGACCUUACCUUCCAGGUGGUGAAAACGGAGAGGAACGAGACUGAUUUCUUUGAGAUAGACCCUCAUAGCGGGUUUAUUGUCACAAAACAGUUGUUGGACCAUGAAAACACAAAACACUUUAAUUUGAAAAUCAAAGCCACUGACAAUGGCACUGUUCCUCUUAGUAGUGAAGCCUAUGUCUUCAUAAAUAUCACAGAUGUCAAUGACAACCCACCAGACUUUGUCACCUCCCAGUAUGAAGCCACACUGGAUGAAAUGGCAAAGUGUGGCCACACAGUCAUCAAAAUCCAAGCUUCAGAUCCCGACACUGGAGACCUGAGUAACCUCAAGUACAAAAUCCUCUCAGGGAACGAAGGCCGGUACUUCAACAUCAACGAAACCUCAGGAAUCAUCUCCUUUUCUAAUGUCUGCAAGAGGAAUCUGGAUCCUUACUACAACCUGACAGUGGCUGUGACUGACGGAGUGUUUCAGAAAACAGCACCAGUCAAUAUUGACAUGAUGAACAGCAACAGACAUAGUCCGUACUUCAAGCAGAGCAUCUACGAAGCAGAGCUGGCUGAAAAUGCAGAGGCAGGAACUCGUGUGAUCCGAUUAGCAGCCAUUGACCCUGACGAUGGGCCAUAUGGCAGUGUUGACUACACCAUCAUAAACAAACUUGCUGAUGAGAAAUUUGACAUCGACAAUGGUGGGCAGAUUGUUACGACACAACCACUGGACAGAGAGAACCCCACCCAGAGAGUCAUAGCUAUCAAAGUGAUGGCAAAAGAUGGUGGCGGAAAAGUGGCCUUUUGCACAGUCAAGAUUAUUCUCACAGAUGAGAAUGACAACGUUCCUCAAUUCAAAGCAUCAGAAUACCAGGUUUCAAUUCAGUCAACUGUAAAUAAAGGCUCCCCUGUCAUUCAGAUCAUGGCAUAUGAUGCAGAUGAUGGGAAAAAUGCAGAUGUCACCUACACAGUAGAUGAAGCCGAAGAGGUGACUGAAGACAUUAUCGAGAUCAACCCUUUCACUGGAGUUGUGAGUGUCAAAGAGAGUCUUAUUGGCAUGGAGAACAAGAUCUUCAACUUCAAAGUAAAAGCUCGCGACGGCAGCCUUCCUUUCUAUAACUCCACGGUUCCUGUUCAGGUCAGAGUGGUUCCUCCUGAGGUUCCUCUUCCGAAGUUCUCAGAACCUCUCUACACCUUCUCAGCUGCAGAGGACAUCCCCAUAGGGACAGAGAUAGGCUCUGUGAGGGCGGACUCCGACAUGCCCCUUAUUUACAGCCUGGUGAAUGGGAACACUGUGGAAAGCAACAAAGACAAAGUGUUCAGUUUGGACAAAGAGAGUGGAACUUUGCUGUUGCAGAAGACCAUCGAUCAUGAAAAGACAAAAUGGUAUCAGAUAGAUGUUAUCGCUCGAGGGAGCCACAACGGGACUGAUGUUGCAUCACUGGUGUCAAUCAGCAUCCAGGUCCAAGAUGUGAAUGAUAACCAGCCAGUGUUUGAUGCAAACCCAUACAGGGCCUUCCUGGCUGAGAACAUGCCUGCUGGAACCACUGUUAUUCAGGUGACCGCCAACGACCCGGACACAGACACCAACGGUCUUGUGACCUACAGCUUGGAGUCUCCACCUGAUGACACCACGGCGGACAUCGCUGAGGUAUUCUCCAUCGAUGGAGAGAGUGGAUGGAUCACCACCGUACGGGAGACGGACUGUGAGGAGACCAGAGUUUACAGGUUCAGCGUUGUCGCCAUAGACCACGGCGGCGACUUCAAGCUGUCCUCCAGCGUCCUGGUGGAGGUGACGGUGACGGACGAGAACGACAACCCGCCAAAGUUCUCUGAUGACGUGUACCGCGGCUCAGUGGUGGAGAACAGCAGCCCCGGUGAAGUCAUUGUCUCCAUGACGACCACAGAUGCUGAUGUGUCACUGGAGAACCGCCUUGUGACGUGUUACAUCAUAGAUGGGGACCCUUUGGGGCAGUUUGCCAUCAUCCAGGAGGACGAGGGUGAGUGGGGUUUGAUCGUGAAGGAACCUCUGGACAGAGAGACCAAAGACAGAUACACGCUCAAAGUCACAGCCACUGAUGGGAAGUUUGAGGCUCCGGUUAUGGUGGACGUCCACGUGCUGGACAUCAAUGACAACAGUCCACUGUGUGAACAGCUGGUGUACACGGAGGCGGUGAUGGAAAACUCGCCCCCCAACAUGUUUGUGCUGAAGGUUUCGGCUUCAGAUCCAGACGUGGGAGCUAAUGGCCAGAUCUCCUACACCCUCCACGGGCCUGACGCAGACAAGUUCCAUCUCGACCACAGGACAGGUGAGCUGUUGACUCUGGCUGUGUUGGACCGGGAGAAGGAGGUUGAGUACAACCUGGUGGCGAAGGCGACGGAUGGCGGGGGGCAGUCGUGUCAGGCGGACAUCCUGCUGAUGAUCCAGGACAUGAACGACAACCCGCCUCGCUUCUCCUCCAGUCACUACGAGGUCACCGUGUUUGACAACACGACCGUCCGAACUCCCAUCACUGUCAUAUACGCCAAGGACCCAGACACUGGUAUAAACUCUGAGGUGAAGUACUCCCUCCUGGCGGGCGACAGCGGCUACUUCUCUCUGGACGAGUUUUCGGGGAUCCUGCGGCUGGAGCGACCCCUGACCCACAACACCCCGCCCUCCUUUGAGCUGAAGGUGAAGGCCACUGAUCGCGGCCUGCCUCGUCACCUCUACUCCGUCACAACGGUGACGGUGGACGUGGUCUCCCUGGACGACUACCAGCCCGUCUUCCUAAGGUCAGAGUACACCGCUCAGCUCCCAGAAUCCUUGGCAGUCGGGUCAGAGGUGCUGAGCGUCUCCGCCCUGACUAGAGACGGUGGAGGGCCGGAUCCCAUCGUCUACCGCAUCGUGUCCGGCAACGAGGACGGACGGUUCCUGCUGGACUCACGGACAGGCCUUCUGACCCUCAUCACACCGCUGGACUUUGAAGUUUCCCGAGAGCACUACCUGUCUGUAGAGGGAAGUCGUGGUAAGUCGUCCCUCAGCGACAUCACCACAGUUAUCAUCAACGUGACUGACGUGAACGACAACACGCCGGUGUUCGGACAAGGCAGCUACAGCGCAGAGAUAUCGGAGGAUCGGACGCCUGGAAGCCUGGUAAUGAAGGUAACAGCUACCGAUCAGGAUGGUCCAAUCAACAAUCUGCUGCGUUACUCCAUAGUGAGCGGAGACCCUCUGCAGCAGUUCUCUAUUCACUCUCGUAGUGGAGAAAUCACUGUCCGCACUGCGCUGGACAGAGAAGAGAUCCCUCAUUACUCUCUGACGGUGCAGGCAGCAGAUGAAGGUGAUCCUCCUCUUUCCUCUGCGGCUCUCAUCACCAUCACUGUCACCGAUGUCAACGACAACCCGCCCGUCUUCUCCCAGGUCAACCACAGUCUGCUGCUGCAGGAGGGCGAGUCACUCGGCAGCAGCAUCCUCCAGCUCGUGGUGACGGACAAAGACAUGCCCAGGAACGGCCCCCCUUUCUCCUUCCACAUCGUCAGCGGCAACGAGGACCGCCGUUUCCACAUUGACCAGGGUGGCCUGUUGUCGCUCUCUGCUCCUCUCAAAAAGAAGGUCAAACCCCAUCACCAGCUCAAGAUACAGGUGACAGACAGCGGCCACCCUCCCCUCUCCUCCAUCUGUGUGGUCAACAUCAAUGUCACAGAGCAGAGCAAGUACCCUCCAUCUGUAGUGCCUAUGGAGGUCUUCAUCACUACCUCUGGCGGACUGUUUGCCAACCGGGUCAUUGGCAGGCUCCACGCCUCAGACCAGGACCUGCAGGAUGUCCUGACCUACAAGCUGGUAUCAGAAAACCCAGACAAGGAGAGGUUCUCCGUCGACCUGACUGAUGGCAAAAUCUGGGCGGACGAAAACCUGGAGGAGGGCUCAUACUCCCUGAACGUCAGCGUGACUGAUGGGAAGUUCAGCGUCUGGACUGGGGUCAGAGUUCACGUGUGGAUGGCCGACCAGAGGGCGCUGGACUCUGGUUUGACGCUGCAGCUGGUCGGGUUGUCACCGGAGGAGUUUCUGGGUGACCACUGGAGAGGCCUCCAGCGCAACCUAGGACAAGCUCUGGGUUUGCCCAGACAAGAGCUUUACCUGGCCAGCCUGCAGCAGCUACCUGACGCCCAGGUCCUGGAGGCCCUGCUGAUCUGGAGGCCUCAGAGUGGACUCGUCCAGUCUCUGCCAACCAACAGACUUGCAGGUAUUAUAUCAGACAUCGAGGACUCUCUGGGCCUCAGCAUCAACAAGGUGAGCCACAACGGGUGUCUGGGUACCGGCUGUCCACCGCGAGGCUGCAGGAACGCCGUCCGACUGACAGGAGAAAGACUGAGCCAUUUCACCACAGCCAGGGCCGGUUACAUCACCCCACAACACACCUGGGAGAGCGUCUGCCCCUGUAAUGAGUCGGCAGUGAGGUUCGACGGUAAAUCCUACCUGAAGUACCUUCACAGGAUGGAUGAAGACUACCAGGAUUUCAAACUGUCACUGAGGUUCAAGACUCUCCAGGAGCAAGGCCUCAUCGUGUCCACCAACAGCACCAACGACUGGGGAACUUUACAGCUGACUGAUGGAGAGCUGCAGUUCAGGUACAGCUGUGGAAACGCCUCCCCUGGUUCCUUACUGAUCAGAUCUGAUCCAGUGUCAGAUGGCUGGUGGCACAGCGUCCUACUGGAGGUCAACUCCACUGCCCUGAGACUGACCCUGGACCAGCAGCAUCCAGCCUUCAUCACCCUGGCCGAGCCGUGCCGGAUGAUGCGCUCCCAUGGUGCUUUGCUCUUUGCUUCUUUCACUCGGGACUCUGCUCCAGAGGUCCACCAGAAUCCACGUAAUUUCAUUGGCUGCCUAGAGGGCCUGGAGCUCAACGGGGAGCCAAUCAGAGUGGGUGACACGGCUGAGUGGGCCGGGCCAGGGAGCAGGAGGGUGUUUGGGGUGUACCAGUGCUGCAGCCGGGCAGGAGCGUGCGACAAGAACCCCUGUCAGAAUGAAGGGGUCUGCGAGGAGAACGCCAGCGGAGAGCCGCGCUGCAGGUGUGCAGGACUCUUCCACGGCGCCCGCUGCGAGCUGGCCGACAACCCGUGCGCCUCCCAGCCAUGUGCCCACGGCAGGGUGUGUGUACCCAAGGCUCAAGGUUACAUGUGUACCUGCCCGCUGGUCAACGCUGAAGCAAGGUGCCAUAAUCAGAAAGAAGUCUGUUCGCCCAAUCCGUGUCCUGGAGGCUUUGAUUGUAAAGUCACUGACGGCUACAUCCACUGCGACCCGCUGCCUCUGCAUGUAUCUCCAAUGAUUGGCUAUGUGGAAAUCAUGGAGAUCAGUGCCAGCGUGCUUGGAUUACUCUUCUUGGUUGGCAUCUUCAUUUGCAUAAGGAAACGUUAUGUUCAGCAGAAGAAGAAAAAGCCCGUCUGUGUCCAGGACUCCAAUGGCUAUUUCCAGCCCAGCCUGGCCAAGAGCCUCAAAGCCGAAAACCAGCAAGUCAACCCCAUAGAGAUGAGCACAUUGGUCGAUCCCAUCAACGACCUCGACCACACGCCGUUCAGGUCGCUUCGCCCAUGCAGCCAGAUCAGUUCAUCAGGAUGCGGGGUUUCCUCUCCAAAGAUACAGGGGCCGGUAGUGUGCAGCGUUGCCCCCAACCUCCCUACCAGGCCACCAUCCAGCUCAGACAACGACUCCAUCAGGAAGAACCACUGGGAUAUGGACUAUGAAGUCUAUCCGGCAGACCCAGACUACUAUGGCCGUCCAGCAGUCCAGGAGUUCCCCCAGUUUGACAUCGUAGAGGACACUUACUCCACCUCCACCGUGGACUCGCGGAGGAACUCUCGAUUCGGUGGCUUCCCAUUCCCACUAGAUCGCUGUGACCGUCGCGCUCCCCUACCGCCUUGCUACAGCAACCAGAACCUGGACGACUUCCUGGGUCCCGACGGGCUUCCUCUUCCCAGCUCGCAGUGCCCCAACGAGUAUACCGCCAUCAGCUACUACCCCACCCAGCACACCCACAGCCUCGAUAACGUCUCGGGAGGCUACAAAAGACUCAGCAUGCGUCUGAGUGUGGCUAUGCCAUCGUAUGCAGAGCAGGCCAGCCCGCCACCAGCGCCAAACCCCGCCCAGCCUCAAACGAGACCAGCAGGGCAGAACCCGCGCAGCUACGACGGGUCGAGCAUGGUGGAGAGUGAUUACGGGAGCUGUGAGGAGGUGAUGUUUUAAGACCAAGUUUUGGUUCAAAGCCUACAUCCUUUUGUGGCAAUUUGCGUCCUUUCCAGUGAUUAUUCACUUUUUAGUUUCAUAUGGGAACCUAAACAGUGCAAGUACAUGCCGCUAUGUUCUACUACUCCAUUCUAAGGCAGCUUUGUGUAAAAGUACACUUCUGAGAUGGGACUCUUUGAAACUAACGAACAGCAGCUCAGCAGUCUCUCACUGUGAGAUCUGAGUCUUUUUUUCCCCCACUCUGACAGAGAUGAAAGCACCAUGUGAAACAAUGCUUCAGAUGUCUUUUCAUUUGUUUGACUUGUGCCAGACUACACGGUGUAAUACAAGACUCCUCGGUUACCUCCGUGGAAGAAGUUCAGCAGAAGUUCAUCCCUUUAUCUGAGAGACGAAACCAAGAGCACUUGUUAACUUGUUAGGGUUGUGAAACAGUAUUACUGACUUGACUGUGGACUGUCAGUCACAAUAAGGCAAAACUCAAGACUUUUUUUAAGCUUCAACAUGCGAGAAUCUGACUCUCAGAAGAGGAAUCUACUUUCGAAACAUGUCCAAAAUGCAUAGCAAACCACAUCUCAAAACACAACCAUAAUUUCCGUUCUGCCAAACAUUGAUAAUGGCAUAUUUACUAUGCACCGUAUGAUGUGACUGAAUGUGAAACAACAGGCACGAGGAAAACACAGUUGCCAUGACAGUGGCCAGCGUGACAUUCAGACAACAAAGCUCAUUCAGAAAGGCCUUUCUGAUAAAAUCCUGAUAGAGCUUUGAUGACUGUUGCAUUGUAUGAAAAGUAAAUCACCAAUGAGGUUUCAUUCUGCUGUGUGUUUGUGUUAAUAUGAAAUAUUUCAUAUCACAGUCAUAAAAGAACUGCAAGAAUGUCAGAAAAACACAGAUUUAAUGUGCGUCUAAUGUUGGCCCACUAUUUCAAAUUUAAAACGUAUUAAAAAUGACAAACACAUUUCAUGCAGGAUAAACAUUUCAUUGAACUUAAUCUGCUUACUGUUGCUGUUGUUUAUUGUUGCUGUCUGUUACAAUGAAGGGGGCUGGAUCCUCAUUAAAAAAAAAAUUAAAGCCAUAAACAAGAGGGACACGGUGAUGUUAGUCGUGAAAUAGAUGUAUUUUAACUUUUGAGUGUUACUAGUAUCAAUGCCAUUUCCAUUACUGUAAAUUCUGUAAUUUUGAAUCUGUAAGCAUCCCCUCAUGGAUUUUAAUUAGUGUGAACUAGAUAACAGUAUUUUCUUUGCAGGAGACAUUAGUGUUUGUGAUUAAGUUCAGUUCUACAGUUUUGCUGCCCUCGAUGAUAAAGGGAAUACUACAUGUGGAGGAGUUUUUGCAGCAGUAAUGAAAUGUCUAUGCAGCCAUUUUAAAUGGUGUAAAUAUGCAAGCCUCAGAUAAAAGAAAUGCUUGUUUUGGUCAAGAGCUUGUUGUGCAGUAUGCAGAAUAUUAAAAAGUGAAUGUUUUAUACUGAAUAGUAGAGUUGAUGUUUAGCCUGAACAGCAUUUUCUAAAUUCAACUGUUCAACAACAGUAAAGAGCCACAAAAUUCACAAUUAAAUAUCAAUUCAUCAAAACGUCUUUUAUAAAGAAUUUAGAGCAACAACUAAUGCUCAUCGGUAAUCAGCUGAUGAAGCUGGAACUGGCAAUUAUUUGGCAUUUUUGCUUGAAAAAUGGGUUCUUAAACAAUAGUUAUUCAAUUUAUUUCUGCUCACCGACUAUUCAUCUCAGCUCUAAUCUCUUAUUUUUUGGUUAACUAAUUAAUCAUUUAAAAAAUAUGAAAAAGUGGCAACUACAACUUGCUCCUGAAUUCCUUAAAGGAUUAAAAGUGGAUUUAAUUUAUGAAAUUUGAGAAAGUUUACUUGAUAAUUGACUGUUAUGUGACUUUUCAGUUCAAUCCAUGAUCAACUGAAUAAUCAUUUCAGGUCUGAAAGCAUUCAUGGAUUUCUCAGUGUUUUCUAAUUAACUAAACUCAAAAAGAAACCUACUGUGGAAGCCAUGGAUUUUCCCUUUUAGUAAAUUGAACAGCGUGACAGUCUGUGUGCUUUGUUUAGGUGCAACAUAAUACUGUAUGUUAGCAUAGCACAAAGCCACAUGCAGUAUGUAUAAGUUGACACAGUAAGUGUAAUGAAAACAGAUGUUUUAAUUUGGCCACUCAGCAAUCUGUUCUUCAGUCCAUAGUCAGAUAUGAAGCUCAAAUCCUCCCGUCGCUAUAACAACCAAUGUCAGCAAGCGAUUAUACAGUCCAAACACUACAAAACCUUGAGAACCUUGUGAAUUCCAGCGCAGAUAAACGGCCCCAAAGAUCAAAUCUGAAAGACAAAUCAGAUUUUCUAGCAGUUUGGACAGUUUGUGUUUUGGCAAACGAAGGCACGCAGGGUGAACAUGUACACAGUGUUUACUGAUGCUGCCUCCAUGUAAACGUGUUGGGGAUGCAGAUGAUGCCUGUAAAAUCUUGCAUCAACUGAAUUUUGUUUUACACAGCUCUUGGAGGCUGGGGAGAUAAGCAAGACAUGAGGGUACUGCUUGUACUAGAAAAAGGCAUUUGUUCAUCCACAUCAGGGUGAUUCACACACUGGAUAGGUAGAUCGCCAGUCUCAGGAAAAAAAAAAGUUCACUGGAACUCGCUCAUUCGUUCCAAAUGUCUCCCAUCUGGCACCAUAUUGGUCUAAAUCAAACCACACUCUGCAAAUAAUACAUAUUCAGUUACUGCAGUCUUGCUGACUGUUGGCACAAUUUCUGAAGAUGGAAGACUGAAAGACAUUAGGGUUUGGAAGCAACACUCAAAAUGUAAGAGAAAUACAUUUUCCCAUAAUUAAAGGACUGCAUGGAUUUCAUCUUGCUUAGCCAGAGGCGACUUUUAAGUUUGGAUAAUGGAGGGGAAAAAAACGCUCCAAGGAAUAAACUUAAAAUACUACCAAUCACUCUCAAAGUACACAGUGUUGAGCCAAUGACACACUGACAGCAUAUACAAAUUAUUGUUAAGAAAAACGUAAGUAGAAAAAUUAGAGAAAAGCCUUAAAGAAAGCACUUAGAGAUAAGCCUUUUGAAGUUAAUAUCCUGGAUGAAUAAUGAUGGGCCUUAAUGAGUGUUGAAACUUCCUUGUAGUUUUUCAUCAUACAUUUGACAGUGUAUUUCUGCUGCCUUUGUUAUUUCAGAUUGUAAGGAAAUUUGUGAGCAAGAACUGAGAAUUUUUGAAGAUCAGGGAAAGUGUUGGAUCAUAACCAAAAGCUAAUCUUAACCAGGAUGUUACAGUUGCCUAAAUUUACCUGCUAGCCAACAUUUUUACUUGAGUAACUCCAUUCCUGCUCUUCUCUAAUUAAUCCUUUUUUGGUAGAUCAAUAUAUAUAUUCUCCAAUCUGAUAAUGUGUCAAUAAAUCCUCUCAACAGUUUGCGAUUGCCAUUGUUGUUGUAUGCUGUGGGUAAAUGUGCAAUGUCUGUCUAUCACUGGUGGUUUAACUGUGACUGCUGUUUUGGAAAGAAUUUUUUUCAGUCCUUUUAGUACAAAAAAAGACCGUAUAAUCUGCAGGUAUUGUGUUGUACAUACAGUCUGUAUCUGUGUGUUGCUGUUGUAGGUUGUUUGUGCAGAAUAUGACUUCAUUUGAAUGUAAGUUACAUUUGUUUUCAUUUAUAAAGUUUAUUUUUGUAUCAAUGUGGGCCUCCCCAUGUUUUGCUCUGUUGUUGUUCUCUGUGAGAGAUUUUAAGAUGCUGUCUUUCUGUUUUGUUUUUCGAUAUUGUAAAGAGAAUAAGAAUAAAGAUAUUAUCUUCUAUGAA